AUGGACGCCCGCUUCUGCUUCCCAUUGCUGCGGAUUUUACGGCAAGGCUCCCAGGUUGUGGUGCAGCCUGCAGUGGGAGCUUCAAACCAGCAGUCAGUUGAGACGCUGUUGAUCGACUUGUCCAGCGGCAAGAUCACCCUUUCACCGUCUAAGGAUGUCGUGCGCGGCAGCAGCGCUAUAAAUUCCCUGGGGCUACUCGGCAUCUGCAAGCUGCAAAAAGGAGUGGCCCUGGUGGCUAUCACUUCAUCUCGGAAGGUGGCGGAGCUGGGCCCCUCUGGCGCACCCGUGUACGAGCUUAUGGGCGCAACUGUGGUUUCGGAUCCGGCUUCGGAGCGAGGUAGCCGGGAGAACCGGCAGCUGCUGGCGCUGCUCAGGGACGCCGUGGAUCCCGCCGGCUCGGGUCGCGGCAUCUACUUCUCCCACUUCUACGACCUCACCCUCUCAGCACAGCGCAUUGCCGACCGGGACGCCGACCCCGCCACCGCCUCCGCGCCCCUGUCCUCUCCGAACCGAGCGGAUGAGCGGUUCUGGUACAACAAGGCAUUGGCGACACCGCUGGUGGAGGCGGGGGGAUACAGGUUCACGCCGCCUGCCGUACUGGGUUUUGUUCGGCAGCUUCCACAACUCAUGUUCCAAACCUCGGGGGGCAGCAGGGGCUCCGAAACCCACACCGCCACCCUCACCCUGAUUGCUCGAAGGGGGGUGGACAGGGCGGGAACACGGCAGUGGCGGCGGGGCUGCGACAGUGCCGGCAAUGUGGCCAACUUUGUUGAGACGGAGGAGAUGGUCACCACUCCAGGGGGGGACGUGGCCUCGUUUGUGGAGGUGCGGGGGUCCAUACCCCUGCUGUGGACCCAGCUGCCCAACAUCAAGUAUAAGCCCACCACCGUCAUCGCAGCUCCCGGGCAGUCUGCCCACAUAUUCGACACGCACGUGAACGCCCUUAAGGAGUCGUACGGGGAGGUCGUUGCGAUCAACCUGAUUAACCACAAGGGUACGGAGGGGAAGUUGGAGGUUGCCUUUCGUACGGAAGCCUCCCGGUACUGCUCGUCCAGUCCCGCGGCGGGCUUUAGGUACCUGGCCUUCGACUUCCACCACGAGUGCUCGAAAGGGAGAUACCACCGACUCAGCCUGCUGUGGGAAAAGAUUCGUGAUGAUUUCGACCGGUUUGGUUUCUUCCUGCUCCGGGGUUCCAGUGGGGGUGUUGUGAGGCGGCAGAGCGGGGUUAUGCGCACCAACUGCAUCGACUGCCUUGACCGCACCAACGUGGUGCAGGGCGUGCUGGGGAGGAAGGCUCUGGAGGCCAUGCUGACAUCUCUGGAUAUCCUGCCUGAGAGGGGCACGGGCGCAAUGAAGAGCGGCUUCACGCGCACCGGCAAGCGCACCUUUGGCGGUGUCAUCGACGACGGCGUGAAGGCGGUGGUCAGGUACUACGUCAACAAUUUCCAGGACGGCCGAAAACAAGACGCCAUAGACUUGCUUACGGGCGCCUUCACGGUGGUUCCCGGCACCGCCCUGCCUCUCCGCCCCCAGCCAUCGCCCUUCAUACCCAUAGUGGUGGCGCUGGCGGCCAUUGCCUUUGCGGCGCACCAGGCGGGACAUGCUUUGGCAGGCGACCUCCUGGGCCCUAUGUCCAUCACCGCCGCUGCCUCGGACCCCGCCGCCGCCGUCGCCGCCGCUCCCAACCUCACUGCCACCCCCGCCAGCGCUGCCUCCGCUGCCACAACCGCCGGCGACGCCGCCGCCGCCGCGGGUGACGGCCGCGGCCAGCUAGUUCGCGUGCUGCUGUCCCAGGUGGUACUGCCCCUGGUGCUGGGACUGGGCCUGUUGGGCUUCGUGGUCAGCAACGGCAAACACCUGGUCAACCGGCCGCAGCUAUGUCCGCAUCUGGCGGUGACGGUGGCGGCAGCCAAGAAGGAUCGUGGCGGCGGCAGUGGCGGUGCCAAGAAGCAGCAAUAG